UGCAAUGGUAGCUAUAUUUAUUCGAUUAAACUGAUAAAUUAUUUUUCCCCUGUAGGUGCUCAGUUAACUGUAUGGUUUAACGGGAUGAGGACCAGAUAUGGAAGGCUAUCAGAAGCAUCAAAGAAGAGUGGCAGGGGGGCUGCUUCUUCCCUGUCCGUAAGGGACCAAUGGAUCCUGAGGACUUUCAGCUUCUUGCAUUCUCAUAUAGUGAGAUGUCCCAGCAGACAAACAGCGAAGUUCUCACAGAGGUCCCCCUCCCCGAGUCAUGUCAGCUACAACGUGGACGGUGAGGUGAUGAGUGAGGGAGGUGGAGAGGCAGAAGAUACAGACGACCCUGCAUCCCACAAUGCAGACAUCGGCGCAGGUCCGUCAGGUGAAGCCUCCACCUCCAUGGCAUCUUCCCACACCAGUAAGGGAAAAAGGCGCAAGGUUGUGGGGGAGGAGACACACGAGCUGCUGGCAAAGCUGCUGAGCCGGGCUGACGAAGUGACCGACCUCAAGCAACGGGUCCGUGACCUGACUCAGUCUACUGAUCCCUUCCACAAGAAAAUUGACGCGUGGGUCUCGUAUUUUGCGGCUGAGCUCCACGACUUUAAGCCUCAGGUGUGGAACCGUUUUGUGUCUGCAGCCACACAGCUGUUGCACAAAUACAGACAAGAGAACGACGCACUUGACCUCGGACCACCCGCUGCCACUACUGAGGUACAGCCUUCAUCUCACCCACCUAAGGUCGCAACCGCUACUACUACUGCUGUGUCACUACCACCCGCUGUGCUAAGCCUGGCAAGACCGAACAUCCCACCUGUUCCUCAACAUCAGCAGCAACUAUGGGCUUCUCAGUCGCCUGCGUAUGGGCGUCCGUCCACUCCCAUAGCAGCAACAUUAGCAGGCAAUCCACCUACCCCGGGGGCAUACCUGAACCUUUCUGGCAUGCAGUUCUUCAACACAAGCGGGGCAAACCUGAACACCAGCGGAAUCGCUACACCACCACAUGACGCAAACUUCAUGAACCCCACACCACCAAUACGUACUUCAACACCAAGACCAACCAGUCAGAAUCAAGAAUAUUGAUGUGUAUAUCUAUACCU